GUUUAGUUAGCAUCGUCGCAGAACUCCAGCUAGUAACAGCCACAAUCUCUCAAUGUUGUUCCUGUCUAGACUUGGAGUUGAUAUAAUGCGACGAAAUUGUUCCUCUUUCUCAUCAACAUAAAUACGAUAAACAGCUCGCUCGUACAGUAUACUCUCAUGGAUACGUAAUAGGCCCCAGACUGCUAACACUAAUGCAAAUGUCCAAUUUUCAUUGCCACUUGUGCUUUCAAACUGAUUGGACUUUGGCCUCAUUGGUGGAAGUGGUGUGGCCAUACAACGCGCUUAGUACAUGUUAAUCCACGGAUUGUUUUGUAUGGACCCUGGAUUUCACUUUUACUGGAUAUUCUUUGUUAUCGUUAGCUAUAUUUACUGUUAAUUUGCAUACGACGCAACGAUUACUGUCUGUACAAUACACAUAUACGAUAAGAAGUCAGUACCGAUAGGCUUUGUCUGAUGAACGAGUAGUAUGACAGAGAAUCGCACGGGAUACAUGUACUCUGCUGUUAUUUACGCAAUUGUAUUCUGUCGGCCAAAGCAUCCGAACCUCUUGUUUAUAUUUUUAUAGUACUUUAACUAACACACACACGCAUACAAAACGUGAGGGAAAUUAACGUAGAACAGACAGUUAUGGAAAUGAUGGCUUCGGAAGAUACUGCAAGUAAUCAAGAGCUGAGCAUCGCGGAGGAUUGCGGAACGGACUCUGCCAUGCAGUGCGAGAAUCAAACUUGGCAGGCGUCGUGCGCAAAGAAGAUAAAAUUAGAGCACGACGCCAGAUCGACCAGCACUGACAAUAGCCACGAUAUCACGGACGAAGAAAUGACGUUCGAUAGUAAAGAUAUUUUGCACAACGGCUUGUGCCGGGAUGAUCCGGAGCAGAAUGACGAGUUGCGGCAAUUCGAUGUGCUGGACGAUCUAGAUCGCCAUCCGGAACAGAAUGAGGCUUCCGACGACGACUCUGAUACAGAAGAGAGUAUGGACUCUGAUGUGCCAGAUGAAGAGAUUGAGGCGAUGCUGGAAGAAGGUUUACCAGAGGAAUUUAAAGGAAAGAGAAAAGAUAAAAAGGAUUGCUUGCCCUACGAGGAAAAGGAGAAACUUGUUUUGGAUGAAAUUGGACAUAAUCAUUUUGAUGUUCUGCCCGAAGGAUGGGUACAAGUAACGCAUAACAGUGGAAUGCCACUGUACCUUCAUAAGCAGAGUAGAGUAUGUACACUAGCAAAGCCAUAUUUUCUUGGUCCAGGAAGUGUUAGGAAGCACGAAGUUCCUGUAAGCGCCAUUCCUUGCCUCCAAUACAAAAGAGCAUUAACGGAAGAGGAAGAAGAACGAAAGAGGGAAAUGGAACGCGCACCAAACUCUGAGGCUUGCAGUCUUCCCAGCGCAAAGAUUGAAACUAUACAAGAGAAUCGUGCAACGCAUUCGUUAGAUAGCGAGCAAUUAAGAAAUUAUUGCCAGUCCUUGUUCCGUUUCAAAUCUAUUAAAGUGAUGAGAUUCCAAUCUUGGUCAGCGCGUCGGAAAUUUACGAAAAUUAAAAAACAUCGUAAACAGCUCGAGCGUCCAACUUUACCGGAUGGCACAAAAUUGAUAACUUUUCCAGUCAGUAGUUCUAGUGUAGGUGGCAGCUGGAAUAUCGCCGAUGAUAAUGGCCAGAGACCUGCGAAACACUGGAUAAUGAAUCCAUCGGGCAAAAGUUAUGUUUGCAUUCUUCACGAAUAUGUGCAACACGCAUUAAAGAAACAGCCAACGUAUAAAUUUAAGGAAUUAGAAAACGCAGCGACGCCGUAUUCUGCAGUGGUUUGUAUCAAUGAUAUGGAAUACGGAAGUGGAUUCGGCAGCAGUAAAAAACAAGCAAAGGCUAACGCAGCCCGGAAAACUCUGGAAAUUUUGAUUCCUCAAAUGAAAGAUAAAAUUUCCGGUGAGAAUGGCGGGGAUAGUGGAUCGAACAAUGAUAGUCGCACGAUAAAAGCAUCUAGAGGAAAUUCCGAUGCUGAUCUUUCGUUCUUUGACGAAAUAGGCAUCACGGAUCCACGUGUUGCAGAAUUUUGUGCAAAAACUACGGAACCUUCUCCACAUGCUAUUUUAAUAACUUGUCUUCAGAGAAAUUAUGGUUUAGGAGAUAUGCACAUUAAUUAUUCGGUAAAUACGUUGAAACAUCAACGAAACGAAUUUACAAUGAAAGUUGGAAAGCAUCAAGCUACUGUUAUUUGUCGUAAUAAGAAGGACGGCAAACAACGAGCAGCACAAGAAAUAUUAAAGCUUAUACAUCCACAUAUAAAGUGCUGGGGUUCCUUGCUGCGUCUUUAUGGUUCACGAAGUGUCAAAUCUUUUAAGGAAAAGAAACAAUUGGAACAAGAGAUAACCCUUUUGCAGGGUAAAGCCGCCGUUAAUCAGCCAAAUCAUGCUAUUUUAGGUAAACUUAGGCAGGAGUUGCGAAAAUUGGCCGAACAACGCGAAGCAAUACAACCUAUUGGUAAGUUUGUACCACCAGAUUUACCAACAGGAUCUGCAGCAAAUCUUAAUAAUGUAGAUUUAUAAUAAUCGAUAAAAAAUAUUUGACAAAUAAGUCACAAAUAUCCAUUAAAAAAGCCACAUAAAUAGUCGAUAAGAAUAUUCUAUCUAGAUCAUUUAUAAAUAUAUUGCUUAAUUAUUGAAGAAAAGUAUUCUUAAUAAAUAAUAUUGGACAAAUGUAAUGCCUUAAGAACCUGCUCGUAAACUAUUACGAUUUUUAUAUAAGUAUUUUUACACUGUAUUAUAAAACAUAAAAUACCAUCGACUGUUUUUAAGUUGACAAAACAUUUCUUAAAUUGCCUCAAUCAAAAUUGAUUUUAAGUAUAUCAGUAACACUGAAUGUUAAAAUUUUUUUUUUUCCCAUUGUGGAAUCUUAAUCUGAAAUCGUCUAAGCUAUUCUUUAAUCUUUCCUCUCAAGUCAUUCUAAUACAUGUGAAAAGUAAAAAUUAUUACAUUUGAUCUUUCAUUGGUUUUUCUCAUACGAACAUAUUGCAUAUAGCAAUGAUAGCGUAGCUAAAUGUGACAAACGAGUAAGUAGCACAAGAAAAAAAAUUCUAAUUUACAAGGGAACAGAAUAGAGAAGUUUUAUUGUAUCAUAAAUCAAAUUGUAACAUAUAAAUGGACACGAUUAUAUUCAAGAAUACAUUUAACAAGUGUUAACGAUGACGCCUAAUAUGCUACAAUAUUGAUGGGCAUUUAUGUUCUGUUCCUUGUAAAAAUGACCUCAAUGUUCGAUUUUCCAUCGUAACAAGUGUCAAAUUAUUUUUAUGAAAUUUACGUUAAGUAUUGUACUUUAUGUACAGAUAAUAUAAUAAUUUGUUCAUUCGUAAUAUAAACGUAAAUAUUAUUGAUGUACAUUGUAAAAAAGAAUUAGCCUAAAACAGGAUGUAAUCAUGAUGUAAACACGGAUGCAAACUUAAUAAAAUCGUUGUAGAUUAUG